CCAAACCAAGAUCCGCACUUUGAACCAUCUCCGGUGCGCACAUGAUUAUACUUCCUCGAUUAAAACGCAGCAGAAUCAGUGUUUCAACUCCGAAAACAUGUUUUUCUUACCGUUUUUCUCGGCAACGACAUGGACUCUUAUUGUUCUCGCCUUAACCCUAUUGCUGUUGUAUGGCAUUUGGCCGUUUACAUUUUUUACAAAGAUGGGUGUUGAUGGGCCGAGACCUUUGCCUUUUGUGGGAACAUUGCCUUACUAUAUAAGAAGUCCGAAUUUUUCCUUUGAAUGCAGUAAGAAGUAUGGAGAUGUCUGGGGGCAGUUUGAUGGACGUUCCCCCUUAUUAAUGGUAACAGAUCCUGACAUGCUAAAGGUUAUUUUAGUGAAGGAGUGUUAUUCAACCUUUACCAACCGAUCGACCUUUGCUAAAGAACUUUUCGGACCAUUGAAAGAUGGACUUACCUUGGUUGAAGAUGACAGGUGGAAAAGAAUCCGGAGUACCAUAUCGCCAUCGUUUACUAGUGGAAGGCUGAGACAGGUCUUUCCCAUUGUUGAACGCUAUGCUGACCGACUUGUUAAAACCCUAGACACUGAAAAGCCGGACCAAUCUGUGGAUGUAAAAAAAUUUGUCAGCCCUUACAGCUUGGAUGUAAUAACCAGCGCUUCCUUCAGCAUUGACAGCGACACCACAGUCAAUCCAGAUGCGCCUCUCAGCGUUCAACUCAGAAAUCUCCUGAAGAUGAAAAUAUGGCCUUUUUUUGUAAUAAUUGCCUUGCCGAUUACUCAAUACUUUUUUAGGUUGAUUGGCUUUUCAAUAGUCAACAAAGCAAGUGUGGAUUACUUUCAGAACCUACUUAAAAGCUUCAAACAUGACCACAAGGAAGAUAAAUCUAGACACAACGAUUUCCUUCAGCUGAUGAUUGAUAGUGAGAUCAAAGAGUCUGACAUUAAGGACGGAGAGGAGCCAAGUAAAGGUUUGACUGAACCUGAAAUACUCUCCCAGGCAUUAAUCUUCAUAUUUGGUGGCUAUGACAUUACCAGUGCCACGCUGUCUUACAUCCUGUACAACCUGGCCGUGAACCCUGAUGCUCAGCAAACCCUGCAGCAAAAGAUCGACGUGCACUUUCCAAAACAUAGUCCUGUUUCCUAUGAGGACCUGGUGAAUCUGGAGUACCUGGACAAUGUGAUUUCUGAGUCUAUGCGGUUGCUGCCAACCGCCCCUCGAAUUGACAGAAUGUGCAAAAAAACCAUCCAAAUCAAUGGACUCACCAUCCCUGAAGGGACAGCGGUGGGGGUCCCUUUGACAAACCUCCACCGAGACCCCCGCUUCUGGACUUCCCCUGAGCUCUUCAAACCAGAACGAUUCAGUAAAGACCACAGGGAGGACAUCAAUCCCUAUGCCUACAUGCCCUUUGGCCUGGGUCCACGGAACUGUGUGGGGAUGCGCUUCGCUGUGAUGGUCAUGAAGAUGGUUCUGGUGCGCCUUCUGCAGGAUCACUACGUGGAGACCUGCAAAGACACCGUUGUUCCUCUGGAAUUUAAUAUGUUGUUUCAGCCCAAGGAGCCGAUCAAGCUUAUGCUUAGUCGAAGGGAACUCAAAUCCUCGAUCAAUGAAAAAAUCGCCCAACAAUCCUAUCUCUUAUCUUAAUUAUAGUAAGUAAGUAAGUAAAAUGCAUUUAUAAGGCACAUUUAAAAACAGUUUUCACUGGUCAAAGUGCCGUACAUGGUGAAAACAUAGGCAUAUAAAAGAACACGAUUAAUUAUAUCUCAGAAAUUCUAUUCUGUUCGACUUUUGAUUCACUUACAACACUUCACAACACUUCACUUCUUUUAUCUUAUCAAAGUAAAUGGGAGUCUUUUGAGUUCCUAUAUAAAUAUAGGCUUUUGGUAAUUCAUCUGAUGCAAUAAAUACUGAGUUAACGGAUUUUGAAGAGAGACACAAUUGAAGAGAGACAUAAUUUAAUUUGUUGUGCUGUAGAACAUUGGCUUUAAUUUUGAUCAUGUUGCAUAGCUUUAACGCCUUUCUAUAUUGGAAUAGUUUGCAUGCUAUCCACUGUUGAUUCAAGACAGUUAGAAAGAUAUGUUUAUUUUACAAUCCCAUUUAUUUUUGGUGAUUCUAAAACAUGUUGUAAUAAUAAUACAUUUGAUCUUAGAUUGUUUAAACCAUGUGUAUGUAUAUGUUAUCUAUUUUGAUUUGGGUAUGUUGUAAAUUAUUAGUGACCGAUAAUACACGCAGAAUAAAAACAUGUUUCCCUUGCUCUUGAGUUGUGUCAGAGCCUGAAUGACUCGGCAGUAAGGAUUGUAAUCUUAACUGCAGAUAAUGACCACAGUAAAUGACCACACACGCGAUGCAAAGUGUUUUGACCCUACAGAUCUGAACUGAGCUGUUAAGAAAUCAACAUUAUCUUCUAUAGUUUGACAAGAUAAACAUCUGCUCCUUAUGACCUGAACUGAGCUGUUAAACUAUUCAUCACAAACUUGUGCAAGCCUGUAAGGGUCAGUGAUGACUAGCACUCUCUGGCUUGUUGACUGGCGUAAUCUCAUUGAGUAAGUUGAUUGCAUAUUUCUCCUUGAACUCGAUAUUU